AUGACGAACGACACCUGGGCUCAACGGUUAGACCAGGUGCAGGACACCAUCCUGCCGACACUCCACCACAUUACCAAGAAGUGUACGGGCAAACUACCGAAAACGUUUGACCGCCUGUACGCUCAUGAUUUGGUGCAUUUCGACGAAGGUGACGUGAUAAUGACCCACCACUUAACGAUGAAUUGUGGACAGAAGGAGGAGUGUCGCCACAUUAUUAUACACCGUACUAAUGAUGAUACAGAGAAGUUGGAAUACUUGGUGAGAUGGCGCGAAAGCAACCCGACGUGGGAAACAGCGGAGGCUUUUGAUGAUGCCAACGAUAUCGCGGCCUACCACAAGGUCACGCAGACACUGAGAGACUACAGGUCCCAGAUCAGGUUUUACAGCAGCACAGACAUCGUCCGGUAG